AUGGCGAUGAAACGAAAUGGAAAGUCUUAUGUCUCCUCCGACUCUGAUGAAAAAGUCAUGUUAUUCAAAGAUGUCUCUCUAGGUCCGCAUGCAGCUCAGUUGCGCUUCCGACUCAUUCAUUUCUGGGAGGCUCGGAACCCGAUCAAGAAAACGCUUAUUGGUCUCAAAAUGCUCCUCAUCGACGAGCAGGGGACUGUUAUUCAAGGUUUCAUCCCAUCGGGGCGUAUUAAAAAAUACUUGCCUGAUAUGAAACAAGGAUCAGUUUACCAACUCGACAAUUUCUACGGAUCGAAAAACAAACCGGUGUAUCGGGUUGCUGAUCAUAUCGCAACCGUGUCUUUCACAUGGAACUCUGAGAUGUCGGUUCUUCACGAGGUUCCCAUCUCAUUUGAUGAAGACCGUUUCAGGUUUCAUUCAUAUGAAGAUUUUGAAGCUAACUGUGAUUUCAAAGGUGACCGCUGUGAUGCUGUUGGCGACAUGAAGCUGGUCAAUGGACAUACCCUUAUUGAGCGUCCCAUCCUUGACGAAGUGGAGAUAGCAACCUCUCGGCGCAUUAUGGUUCAUGUGCAAUCACAUGACGGGCCUGUGAUGAAGUUCUACCUUUGGGACCAUGCUGCAACAAACUUCUGCAAGAUGUUCAAUUCCUAUGAAAACACUCCCACAGUGCUUUUGGUCACGACUGUUAACACCAAACGUCUCGGAGGUACCCUUGCCCUGAUCUCUAUGUCCUCCACACGGCUCUUCAUGGACUAUGACGUCCAACCAACCAAAGAUUACUUCACCUGGCUUGGCUCUAACCCAGAGAUUGCUAAGCAGGUUAGUGCAGAGGUGGUCACUAAACGUGAGGCACUGACUAUAGCAGAAAUAUUCUCCUACAUGACUCAGGAAUCUGCAAAGUGCACGGCUACGAUUGAUGAUGUUGUGCAUGGCUCUGCUUGGUACUAUAUUGGAUGCAGUGAGUGCCAUGCUAAGGCUACUAAAGGCGCAACUUCAUUGAUUUGUACGAACACAAGAUGUGGGAAGGUUAACACAACUGGUGUUGCACAGUACCGUGCAAAGAUUUCUGUUUAUGACAACAGUGAACAAGUUUUUUUGUCCUACUUGGUGAUGCUGGUCACACCCCCACCACCCACAGAAGUCUCGGUUGAAAGCAACAUUGCUGCAACAUCCGAGGAAACAAUGAAGACUGGAAAUGAAGUGUGUGAACCUUCGACCAGGCGUGGAGAUUCUGCAGAUGAGGAGAGUAAGAGGAACUCUGCAAGUGCUGAGCCAGCGAAAUCUAAGCGCCCAAGAUGUGAGAAGUACUUGAACGCCGGAAUAUUCGCUACAGGCGACGAAGAUGACGACUUGUCGAACAUUCUUCCCCGUCCGGAAACAAGAGCGGCGAUGCUCAUCCGUGUCAACACACUCCUCCAAGGCUACUCCGGUAUACGCUUCGAAAUCCUUGAAGCCAUCACAAAGUUCCUCAACCACAAAAUCACACCGCGCCUCCCUCUCCGAGGCACCAUCACCGCCUCUGGUGACCUCGUUCCUCUAUCGUACAUCGCCGUUCUCCUCACCGGACGGCCCAACUCCCGAUCCGUGGGUCCAUCCGGUGAGAUCCUUGCCGCCUUAGAGGCCUUCAAGCUAGCUGGAAUAUCUUCUCCUUUUGAGCUCCGGCCUAAAGAAGGGCUUGCGCUCGUGAACGGCACCGCGGUUGGGUCUGCUAUGGCCUCAAUAGUGCUAUACGAGGCCAACGUUUUGGCAGUGUUCUCGGAAGUUGCUUCUGCCAUGUUUGCCGAGGUUAUGCAUGGGAAACCCGAGUUUUCCGAUCAUCUUGUGCAUAAACUCAAGCACCAUCCUGGUCAGAUGGAAGCCGCGGCAAUCACGGAACAUAUCUUAGACGGAAGCUCUUUUGUCAAAGAAGCUAUACGUCUCCACGAGAUUGAUCCGCUCCAAAAACCUAAACAAGAUCGCUACGCUCUGCGAACAUCGCCACAGUGGCUUGGACCUCAGAUUGAGGUGAUCCGAGCCGCGACGAAAAUGAUCGAACGAGAGAUAAACUCUGUCAACGAUAACCCCUUAAUCGAUGUGUCGCGAAAUAAAGCUAUCCACGGUGGGAAUUUCCAAGGGACACCAAUAGGUGUCGCCAUGGACAACGCUCGUCUAGCCAUUGGUUCCAUCGGGAAACUAAUGUUUGCGCAGUUCACGGAACUCGUCAAUGAUUUCUACAACAACGGUCUACCUUCGAAUCUAUCCGGUGGGAGAAACCCUAGCCUUGACUACGGGUUUAAAGGCGCGGAAGUCCCCAUGGCUGCUUAUUAUUCCGAGCUUCAGUUCUUGGCUAACCCUGUGACAAACCAUGUCCAAAGCACUGAACAACAUAAUCAAGAUGUUAACUCUCUUGGUUUGAUCUCCAGCCACAAAACUGCCGAAGCUGUGAAUAUCCUCAAGCUUAUGUCAGCUACUUACUUAGUAGCUUUAUGCCAAGCCUAUGAUCUAAGACAUCUUGAAGACAAUCUCAAGGAAACGAUUAAAGCGGUUGUGAACCAAACCGCGGAAAAACACGCAUUCACUCUCAGCAAACCGUUCAUCGAACAGAACAUCCUCGGAGUUAUCGACCGCGAAUAUGUCUUUUCCUAUGUUUAUGACCUAAGUAGCCUCGCUAACCCUCUAAUGCAGAAGCUGAGAAGCGUUCUUUUCGACCAUGCUUUAGCUGAACCGGAGCAUGAGACGGAUUCGGGUUUUCGAAAAAUAGGAACGUUCGAAACAGAGCUGAAAUCUCUUCUACCUAACGAAGUUGAAAGAGUGUGGACCGAGUACGAAAAUGGUAACUUUGUUGUGGCCAACCGAAUCAAAGAGUGUAGAUCGUAUCCGUUGUCCCGGUUUGUACGGGAGGAGCUAGAGACGAGGCUACUAACCGGAGGGAGUGUCCGGACACCAGGAGAAGAUUUUGACGAAGUUUUUAAAGCCAUCUCUAAGGGAAAACUCAUAGAUCCUCUGUUUGAAUGUCUCAAAGAAUGGAACGGAGCUCCAAUUCCAAUCUCCUAA